AUGACUUGUUCCCUUCGCAUACUCAUUAUUCUAGCGCUGGCGGCUACAUCAUCACUCGUUCUCGCUGGCCAACUGAACCAAACAUACGUAGAAAUCGACGUCAUAUUUCCACGCAAUGAGACCUACAAGCCGGCAGACAACUUUCCAAUUGCCCUUGUCGUGCAGAAUAUAACAGGCCUUGGAAGUAUCGGAAACUACUUUAUUCAUUGGGCAAUCAUGCCGUAUAUUGAAGGCCGCAUUCCCGACAUUGGGCUUCGCUGGAACGCGGACUUUGCCCUCCCACGCGACAACACGGGAUCUAAACCCGUCAUUCUUGUCGACACACUCAACGUGACGGAAUGGAUACACACAAAGGCGCGUGGUGAGAGAUAUAUGCUGCACUGGUCAAUCACUUGGGAUAACCGCGCCCUCAGCGUGCGGUGUGGUGGCAACGGGUACGUCCUUGGAGGCAUCAUGUUUGGCCUGGAGGCAAAAUGGGAGAAAGACUACAAUGCUACUGUCGGCUGGAUUGACGGUGGCAAAGGCAUUGAGCCUGAUAUCCUACAGGUACCAGAGUAUCCUGCUCUUGGACAGCCUAUAAAUAUCACGCCAAGCACGACAGCCACGUCCUGCCCUACGCUUACAUACACGGGCCCAAGAAGAGAAGAGGAAGUUGGCAGACAAGGCGACCCUUGCGCCGUCAAAGUUGAUAAAUCAGUGGCUAGCAGUAUUUCCAGUCACGCUGCAAGCCUAGCUACUGCAAGAUUACCCCCAACCAGGACCCUUUUGGACAGUACCGCGAACAAUGGCGCUUGGCUUGCGGUGCGUCCAGUACAAACCGCCUUGGCUGCAGCUUGCUUCGUUGCAGGGUUGCUAUUGUCGGAUUGUUGA